AUGAGCCAAAUAUUUAGAAAAGCUCAUUUAACAGCUAAGCUAGGGAGUUCAUGGGGAAAGAAUGUGAAUAUUCAACUGCACUUGAAAGUUGUAAUUGCAAAGAGAGUAUAUUCAAUCGAUAAUGGUAAAAAGAACGACUCGAAGUAUAUGUUCAGUAAACCGCCUUUUACUCCAAGGAAUAAAGAAACAGAUACAAAACAUUUCUUUACAAAACCACGGCUCUUUGAAACUUUUAGGUUCACAAGAAAAAACCAAGGACCAGUAAAUGAAUCAAUAGCUAAUAAUGAAUCAGAGACGAUAGGACAGGCUAUUUCUCAACAUCGAAAAAAAAAUAGACAAGUUAUCUCCACGAUCAUAUUAGGGAUAUUUGUUACUAUAAUUGGCUAUUCCAUAGGGUAUAAGGUAUUUUAUCGAGGAGAUGAUAUAUUCAUUCCAUUGUAUCCGGCACCAAGAAUAAGAAAACCAAGUCAAACUGAUUUGAAAAAAAUAGAUGUAGAUUAUAUUAAACGGCUAUCAAAAAUAAGAGUAAUAGAAGCUUUGUCAAGGCAUAACAUGGUUAAAGAAGAAUAUGGUGUCCCACUUCAUGGCGAAGACAACAUCAAUCCGCCAAAAAUAUCAGACUUUGAUUUAUGGUGCGAAGAUAGGGAUCCCUGUCUUACUGGUAUUAUCCUAAGACGAUACAGUCCAAAUAAAUCUUCAACUCAUUCGUGGUAUCAUAUUCCGUUUAUUUUUCAAUGGAGAGUUACGCACAGACCAAUUUAUAUCUCUAGAGGCAUUGGUGAAAUGUUACAAGAUUUAAGGAUAGGGUAUUCCAAGUUCUAUGAAUAUGUGUCACCGGAUAAUAUGUAUGGUUCCUUAAAAUACGAAUACCCAAUUCAAGGAGAUGAUCACGCAUUGAGUAUAUGGUUUCUUGGGGAAUUACGUUUGUGCAAUGACACGCUCAUUGUAUACAAAGGGAAAUACCAUGUUGACGUGAGGCUGCAACGAAUCGAUUUGUUGAGAAAAGAGAAAGGAAAACUGGUGAGGUAUAUUUUAUUUGAAGAAAACGAAUAA